AUGUUUUCCUGGAUUACGGGUCCACGGAUCACUAACGUAAUCGAAGACCUGCAGUCGGAACCUGCUUACGAAUCUACCUUCAUCGAAGCUCCCGAGACGCCGGCACACCAGUUCGCAGUCAAGGCGUUCAAGCACGCAAUAUUCGGGACUCCUGCGCCCGAGGACGCGAACAAUGCCUCGAAGAGGCUCGAGAAGAAGGCCAAGCUGGAAGCCGCAAACUCGAAAUCAGUACAGCUUCCCGCGCCUAGAGAAAAGGCCCCACUACUCUCUCCAUCGAAGCAGCCGGGCGGCAUUCUCAUGACGCCCGGCACAGCGAGCAAGGGCCGAAAAACGGUGUCUUUUGGAUCACAAGUCAUGGACAAUCAGGGCAAACCGAUCAACCCUGGCAAAAGUGGCAUACCGGAUGACUGUCCUGGAAAGUUUCCUAGUCCUUGGACACCUGGAAUAGGAUUGAAGCUAGACCCUGAAAGCGACAAGAGGCCUCGCACCAAACUUACCGAGGCUCUCCUGGAUGCACGCACUACCACACAGCCAAAGUCAGGCCAAAAACCCAAAGCGAGAGACGACAGUGAUAUCACAAUUGAUCUGGGGGCGCCUCGGUCUGAGUCGGGGAAAUACUGGAAAGAGCAGUACGAGUCAUACGCGGAAAGGAGUGAGAAGGAGAUGAAGAAGGUGAUCGCGAAACAGCAGUUGGCCAAGAAGUUUGCGAUGAAGAAGGACUGCGAGGUCACAGAACUGAGUACCAAGCUCGAGCAGGAACGGAAACGAUUUAGGCAACGAGAGCGAGAGCUGGAGCAGCAGAAUAAAGACUACCAGGAGCGACUUCGCCAGGCCAUGGCAGAGAACACAUCAGCCAGCGUUGAGGUGUCGGCUCUUAAAUCGCGUAUAGCCGCGCUGGAGAAGUCGACCACGGCUCCCCUUUCGGAAGUCCAGCAAAGCAAGCCGUCUUUCGAGAUUUUCGAGGAUCUGAACAGAGACGCCAUGCGACUUCAGCGCGAGAAGGGCGUUGAGGUUUCUCAUGCUUCGUCCGGCAAGGAGAACUCGUCACCGAGGCUUCGUCGCCGUCAGACUCUGACAGAAACGUCGAGCCGUCCCAACGGACCGUCAAGAUUGGGGACUGCACAAGACGAGGCUUCAAUCAUACUCGGAAAAUCCCCUCGAGCGCCUGUUGAGAACGCUGGGACUACGACAAAACAGACUGUUGCUCCUCCCACGUCUGAGCAAACGUCCAAAUCGCCUCUCCGUAUCCGCAGACCUGAUCCAAGCCAGCAAAGUUUCCUUCCUCAAUCGCCAGUCGCUGUUCUCCCCUCGAGUCCGCUACCUAUGCCAUCCCCAGAUCCGUGGAUGGAGAUGGACGAAAGCUCGAUCCCGCAAAUGGACAAGAUGGCAAUGCCAAUAUCCUCCGGACAGCCAUACACAAGAGCAGCUUGGAAUCCCCCACCCAAGAAAAACCGACCCGUCAAGUCGGUAUCGCAGGCUGCUAAGCCAGCUCCCAAGGCCGAUCGACGUGAUGAGAAACCGACUUCGGCUGGUACGAAGGUAGAAAUUCCAACAGCGCAUGCCAAGGACACGGCUCGCAAACCGGAGGAGCCGAGUGUUGAGCGACCAAGACCGUCCAAGGACCAGAGUUCUGCGCGGUCAAAAACGACAGAAUCAACAGCACACCAAGCCCCCGCUGAUGAGAGGUUCAACGUGUCUAAGAUUACUUCUCAUCAUGCUGAAGGCUCGGCGCAAGUCAAACAAGAUCGAGCGGAAAUGCUGCCCGUCGACCGCAAGGAGCAGGCAAGGCGACGAUUAGAGGAGAGGAAGAAGUUGAGGAAACACGGUGCUGCUUGA